AUGCCAGUAGAGGACCUCCCAUCCAAAGUGAUCCUCACGGAUCCUUUGGACCCCAACACAAACCUAACCAUCCUCAAAUACGGUGCUACUAUCAUCUCGUGGAAAAACCAUGGUCAGGAACAAUUAUGGCUCUCGGAAGAGGCUCGUUUGGAUGGAUCGAAGCCGGUCCGCGGAGGGAUCCCCUUAGUAUUCCCCAUCUUUGGCAAACAAAAGGAUCCAAAACACCCGACGGCUUCGUUGCCUCAGCACGGGUUUGCUAGAUCCUCUACAUGGGAGUUCUUGGGCCAGACUAUGGAAUCGCCAGUGACUGUACAAUUCGGGUUGGGGCCUGAACACUUGUCCAAAGAAAUGGCCACUGCCUGGCCAUUUGACUUUACCUUGAUCCUCACCAUUACCCUAAAGGAGAAUAGUCUUGUUACCAACAUCUCGGUAGCCAAUGAGGGAGCCCCGUUUGAGUUUAAUUGGCUAUUCCACACAUACUACAGACUCAAUGAUAUCACAGAUACGUUGGUCAACAAUCUUGUUGACCAGACAUGCUAUGACCAGCUACUCACUACUUCCUACAUCGAGAAAGCACCUGCAAUCUCCUUCCAUGAAGAGUUUGAUCGCGUGUAUCUGCAGAUCAAUCCUGCAAGAACGAUCCAGAUCAUCGAUAAGGGUAAGGUCUUGUUCAAUUUACAUAGAGACGGGUUGCCGGAUUGUGUGGUGUGGAACCCUUGGGCAAAGAAGUCGGCUGCUAUGGCCGACUUUAUGCCCAAAAGUGCGUUCCAUCAGAUGCUUUGUGUGGAGCCCGGGUAUGUACAUUCGAUGAUUACGUUGAUGCCAGGAGAGAAGUGGGUCGCUGAACAGGAAAUUGAACUUGGGGGGGAGAUUAAAAUACAGGCUAAUAUCUACUAG